AUGGAGGGAAACUGGAGGAUCCUGUUCUCCCACGUGUGCAGCACCAGCUUCCUUCUGCUCUGGAUCUUCGUCGGCUUGAACGUGGUAGAGGUAGUAGGGUCCCAGCAAGGGAUCCCUCUGUCAGUCGUAAAGCUUUGGGCCUCUGCAUUUGGGGGAGAAAUUAAAUCAAUAUCUGCAAAAUAUUCUGGUUCCCAGCUACUGCAAAAGAAAUAUAAAGAAUUUGAAAAGUCAGUCAGAGUGGAAGAGAUUGAUGGUAUGAAAGUGGUCAAGAACUUGGCUGUGAAGAUGGAGGAAAUGUUCCGGAGAAAAGCUGAAGCAACAAGGCGACUCGUAGAGGCGGCAGAAGAAGCGCACCAUCAGCAUGAGGAAAAUCCCGACCUGCAGUAUGAAUACUUCAAUGCUGUGCUGAUUAAUGAAGUGGAUGAGGAGGGCAAUAAUGUGGAGCUAGGAGGAGAGUUCAUCCUGGAGCCCAGUGACCACUUCAAUAACCUCUCAGUCAACCUCAGCCUCAGUGUUGUCCAGGUGCCCACCAACAUGUACAACAAAGAUCCUGAUAUAGUGAACGGGGUUUACUGGUCUGAGGCCCUGAAUAAAGUGUUUGUAGAUAAUUUUGAAAGAGAUCCAACGCUUAUCUGGCAGUACUUUGGGAGUGCCAAAGGUUUCUUCAGACAGUACCCUGGAGUUAAGUGGCAUCCAGAUGAGCAUGGUGUCAUUGGCUUCGACUGCAGAAAUCGGAAGUGGUACAUUCAGGCUGCUACGUCUCCCAAGGAUGUUGUGAUCUUAGUUGAUGUUAGUGGAAGUAUGAAGGGGCUGAGGCUUACCAUCGCCAGACAGACUGUUUCCUCCAUAUUAGACACACUGGGAGAUGAUGACUUCUUCAACAUAAUUGCAUAUAAUCAGGAGAUCCACUAUGUGGAGCCUUGUUUGAAUGGUACGCUGGUCCGGGCCGACAGAACCAAUAAAGACCAUUUCCGUGAACAUCUGGACAAGCUGUUUGCCAAAGGGAUCGGACUGCUUGGUGACGCUCUGACUGAAGCGUUCAUGAUCCUGAGUGAUUUCAAUCAGACUGGUCGUGGCAGCGUGUGCAGUCAGGCCAUAAUGCUCGUCACAGACGGGGCAACUGAGAUGUAUGACGAUGUUUUUGAAAAAUACAACUGGCCAGAAAGAAAAGUCCGGUUAUUCCCUUACCUGAUUGGACGAGAGUCUGCGUUUGCUGAUAACCUUAAAUGGAUGGCUUGUGCCAACAAAGGAUAUUUUAGUCAAAUCUCAACCUUAGCUGAUGUUCAGGAGAACGUCAUGAGAUAUCUUCAUGUCAUGAGCCGCCCAAAGGUUAUUGAUCAUGAGCACGACACAGUGUGGACUGAGGCUUACGUGGACAGUGCUCUUUCCCUGGCCCACAAGUUGAACGACAAAUCAGGCCCAACUUUAACAACUACAGUGGCCAUGCCUGUCUUCAGCACAAAGAAUGAAACUAAGAACCAGGGUAUUCUGUUGGGGGUCGUAGGAACAGACAUCCCUCUGCAGGAGCUGAUGAAGCUCAUCCCCAAACAUAUGUUAGGGAUCCAUGGAUAUGCAUUUGCCAUCACAAACAAUGGCUACAUCCUGAUACAUCCGGACCUCAGGCCUUUGUAUCAGGAGGGUCAGAAGAGAAGGAAGCCCAACUACAGCAGUGUGGAUCUCUCGGAGGUGGAAUGGGAAGACAAAGAUGGCAUACUACGCAAUGCUAUGGUGAACAGGAGGACAGGGACCUUCUCUAUGGAGGUGAAGAAGACUGUGGAUAGAGGGAGGCGUGUGCUAAAGAUGCACAAUGACUAUUACUACACUGACAUCAAAGGAACUCCAUUCAGUGUCGGAGUAGCUCUCUCAAGAGGUCACGGAAAGUACUUCUUCAGAGGAAAUGUGUCACUCGAAGCAGGGCUCCGUGAUCUGGAACAGCCAGAUGUCGCCCUGGCAGACGAAUGGACCUACUGCAACAUAGAGGAGGAGCAUGAACAUCGUCACCUGACCCAGAUUCAAGCUAUCAAACUCUUCAUGACAGGCCGCAGACCGCACCUCAAAUGUGACAGAGAGCUGAUCCAGGAGGUGUUAUUUGAUGCUGUGGUCACUGCUCCACUCGAGGCCUAUUGGACUGGAUUGGCUCUCAACAAGUCAGAAAACUCAGACAAAGGAGUGGAGAUUGCUUUUCUGGGAACACGUACGGGUCUUUCGAGAACCAACCUGUUUGUACCCGUUGAUCAGCUCUCCAAUAGAGAUUUCCUGACAGCAGAGGACAAGGAGGGUGUGUUUAAUGCUGAUCACUUCCCUCUGUGGUACAAGAGAGCAGCAGAGCAGGUUCCCGGCACGUUUGUCUACUCCAUCCCCUUCAGCACAGGUAUACAGAACAUUAUGAAUGUGGUUUUGGCCAGCACAGCAAUUCAGCUCCUCGAUGACAGGAAAUCUCCAAUUGUUGCUGCUGUAGGGAUCCAAAUGAAGCUUGAAUACUUUCAGAAGAAGUUCUGGACUGCCUGCAGACAGUGUACAGCCCUGGAUGGAAAAUGUAGCAUUAGCUGCGAUAAUGAGGACAUCAACUGUUAUCUCAUUGACAACAAUGGAUUUAUUCUUGUUACAGAAGAACAGUCUCAGACAGGACUUUUCUUUGGAGAGGUGGAAGGUGCUGUUAUGAACAAACUGCUACAAAUGGGAUCCUUUAAAAGGAUCACUCUUUAUGACUACCAGGCCCUUUGCAGAGAGUAUGCUGGGAGCAGUGACAGUGCACGCACUUUGUCAGAUCCAUUUUCUGUAGUUAAAUGGCUUCUGACUGAACUUGUCAUUUUCCUGCUAGAAUUUAACCUGUACAGCUGGUGGAAUAUUGAUCUCUCAGUUAAAGCUCAGAGAUCUCGGGGUAAAACCAUGAUGGUACCAUGUGAUACAGAAUACCCUGCAUUUGUGUCUGAACGCACCAUCAAAGAAACAACUGGAAACAUUGAGUGCGACGGUUGCAUCAGAUCUUUUGUCAUACAGCAGAUUCCCAGCAGCAACCUGUUCAUGGUUGUUGUGGAUAAUAAGUGUGACUGCAGCAGUGCUCCUCCAGUGACAAUGGAUCCCAUUGAGAUCAUAUACAACGAGUCACUAAAAUGUGAGAGACUGAAGUAUCAGAAGGACAGAAAAAAGCCUGAAUCAUGUCAUCCUUUCCACCCUGAGGAAAAUGCCAUGGAGUGCGGUUCAGCAACACGCUUCUCCAGUCCCCUAGCAGCAGCUCUGCUGCCUCUGAUAACAGCGAUCAUCAGCAGGUGACCAAAAGCAGCUGCAGUGGAAAUCAGUAAGGACUAAUUCAAUGAGAGGAAGCUUACAGACACAUAAAAACAUGAAUUUGCUCAUACCUCUAAUACAGGCAGCACUUUACAAAGACAAAAUCUUUAUCAGCAGCACUGAGACACAUCCAUUAAUGCAGAGAACAAAAGAAAAUGAGAAUAACAGGAGUGCUUGGUGACUUUGAUCAGUGCACUGCAGAACACACCAAAUAGAGUUUGCAAAAUAGCUCUACAUGUGUGCUGAAUUUAUUAGAAGAAAGAAACGCAGAAUGCCUCACAACAAGUGAGAUUGCUUUGCUCA